AAUCUCCUUCCUUUUCCAAGUCCCACUUCUUUACUCCAUUUCUCUCUCUAAGCUCCGAGGUUGAGAGAGAGAGGCGAGUGAAAAACCCUAAUCGAGAUGAACAACUACCACGUCUACGAGGCGAUCGGCCGCGGAAAGCACUCGGUGGCUUAUAAAGGGAGGAAGAAGAAGACGAUUGAGUACUAUGCCGUCAAGAGCGUGGAGAAGUCCCAGAGAUCGAAGGUCCUUCAAGAAGUUCGGAUGCUUCACUCUCUAGAUCAUCCAAACGUGCUGAAAUUUUAUUCUUGGUAUGAGACCUCUGCCCACUUAUGGCUGGUCUUGGAAUAUUGUGUUGGUGGAGACCUCAUGACUUUAUUGAAGCAGGAUAGCCGAUUUCCUGAAGAUUCUGUACAUGACUUGGCGUGUGACCUUGUCAAAGCUCUUCAGUUCUUGCAUUCGAAAGGGAUCAUUUAUUGUGAUGUUAAGCCAUCAAACAUCUUACUAGAUGAGUAUGGACGUAUGAAGCUUUGUGAUUUUGGAUUAGCAAGGCGAUUAAGUGACAUAGAGAAGAGCUCUGUUGCCAUGUUGCCUCAGUCAAAGCGAGGAACACCAUGCUAUAUGGCUCCUGAGCUGUUUCAGGAUGGCGGAGUCCACUCUUAUGCUUCUGAUUUUUGGGCUCUGGGUUGUGUCUUAUAUGAAUGCUAUGCUGGCAGGCCACCUUUUGUAGGAAAUGAAUUUACCCAAUUGGUGAAAUCUAUAAUUUCAGAUCCUACACCACCCCUCCCUGAUAACCCUUCCAAAUCUUUUGAAAAUCUUAUUAAAUGCCUCCUAAUAAAAGAUCCAGCUGAAAGGUUACAGUGGCCUGAACUUUGUGAGCAUAGUUUUUGGAGAACGAAGUUCACUUCAGUGCCACUUCCUUCUCAGCCAGCUUUUAGUAACAUGCUUCAACUUUCUUCUAAACCAUACCUCUCAGAGCGAAACGGUGAUAGACCUUCCCAACAGAGAACUCCUCCCAAACGCCGUGAAAGUAAUACAAAUGGAGUUUUGAAGCAUGACGAAAAUUCUACUAAAGGGAAUGGGGUUUUCGAGACACCAGCCAAGAAUGCACAUGGUGGCAGAAAAAUUACAAAAGCUUCUCGGAGAGUCGAUGCUGCAAAAGGUGUAAAUCUUCUUAGGCUGUCAAGGAUGGCUAAGUUGAAUUUGCAGAGAGAGAAUGAGAAGGAAAACUACAGGCGACCGCUGCCCGAGACAUGUGAGAAUGAAGCUGAAGUGAAAAUUGAAAACAAUGACAUGGAACUAGAUUUUAGUGAGAAUCCUGAAGAUGAUACACCUGAUGAAUCUGAUGCAUCUGAGAAUCCUGCUUGUACACCUACAGAGAAACUGCGAACUCAAAAUGCUGAUGAAAGAGUUGAAGAGGUAGAGCAAAAAAUGAGUCAACUGCUGGAUGAUCUUCCUGACAAUAUUAUUGUUGGGUCUGAUGACCUGAAGAAAGUUGAGCAGGAUGCAUGCUCAGAACCGCUUGAAGUGGUUGCUACCCCACCCAGUGCCAACCUUAGGAAAGCUCAACGUGUGAAAGUGGCUUCUGGGAGUGCCCCUGAUUCAGAGGCAUCUAGGUCAUCCAAUGAUUUAUCAGAAGUGUUUUGGCAUCCAUCAGAUCUCUCAGUCAAACCUGUAAUGCCCAGUAGAAAAGGUGAUAAAGCUUUGGAUGGUAUCCCCUCCUUGCCAUUUGAAGCUGUUCCUGCUGCAGAUUAUGUUAAGUUGCCUCCGGAGCAAAUGAAUGCACUUAACUCUCGCAUAAUUCAUAGUUUGAGUGGAAGCUCUCAGGUUUCAGAGAAACAGAAUGCCGUCAGAUACUUAGAAAUUUUAAGCGGAAACACUGAUGCUGCGAAUAUCAUAACCAAUGGGCCAGUGAUGUCGUUGCUUGUAAAAAUGCUACGGCUUUCAAAGUUACCUGCAUUGCGUGUUCAGAUUGCUUCAGUGAUGGGUUUGUUGAUUCGCCAUUCCACUUUUAUUGAAGCUGAUCUUGCCAAUUCUGGAAUUGUAAAUGUAUUAACAGAUGGCUUAAGGGACAAACAUGACAAAAUAAGGAGGUUCUCCAUGGCUGCUUUAGGGGAACUGCUUUUUUACAUAUCUACUCAGGCUGAUAAUAAUGCGAAAGAUAGCAAUACCCUUGAAUCUCCGUCGAAGGACAACCGGUCUACAUCCAGUUGGCAGGUCCCAAAUUCUGUGAUUACUUUGGUUUCAUCAAUUUUGCGCAGAGGAGAAGAUGAUGUUGCCCAGUUGUAUGCUUUAAGAACAAUUGAGAACAUAUGUAGUCAAGGAGGGGACUGGACAUCACGUUUUGUUAGCCAGGAUGUGAUUGGAAAUCUCUGUUAUAUAUAUAAAGCAACAGGGAAACAGGAGAGCACAAGGCUUAUUGCUGGAUCUUGUUUAGUCCGUCUAGCUCGAUUCAGCCCACAGUGCAUACAGUUAGUGUUUGAGAGGUUGUCAUUUAAGGACACUGCAUCUGCGCUCAUCAAGGGCAACCCACGUGAGCAGCAGAUUAGCUUAAAUCUACUUAACAUGUCAAUUCUAAGCAGCCAUUCGUUAACAAACAUGGGCCGUCAUCUACUAUCAUUAAUGGAAGAAAAGCACUUGGUCCCAGGUCUUGUAUCACUUAUUGAGCAGGGAAGUGAAAUUUUACGUGGGAAAGCACUUAUCUUUGGGGCACUUCUAUGUAAGAACAGCCGUAGAUGGCUUCCCCAUUUCUUUUGCAAUGCUAAGGUACUAUCUGCGGUUGAUAGGUUGGGGAAGGAGAAGGGCGGGUUCAUUCAGAAAUGUGUCUUGGCUUCUGUGCAAGUAGUUGCCAAUACUGUACCAUCUAUUCUUGAAACUGUUUCUGGAGACAUACAACAGAUGAUGGGAGGUAAACGCCAUGGACCGAUUGCUGCUCUCACUGGACGUGGUAGCACAAAGAACAGUGCUCAUCUAUUUCCGGUUAUUCUUCAUCUUCUCGGAAGCUCUUCUUUCAAGCAUAAGGUGGUGAGCAGUCAUGUCUUGCUCCAGUUGGCAAAUAUCAUCAAACUUUUAGAGGCACCUUUUCAGGGAAGAGAUGAUUUCCAAAUUACGUUGCUUCGAGUGCUUGAAUCAGUCACAGAGGAGCCUUAUGUUAUUCUUGAUGAUCCUAAGGUAUUUACUAGUCGAAUUCUUCGAAGCCUAGCAAUUAUGUACAAGGGCAAUAAAGAUGGAGAUGCCAGAUUCUUAUGUUUGAAAAUAUUAUUUGAUGUGAUGGUUGUGAUCUUCAGUGAUACUACAGUAACUGAUCAUGAGCAUAUAGUGGAGGAUCUGAGGUCAAUAUCACGAAUCUACUUUCUUCCUCUUUACCCAACACUGAUUGAAGAUGAAGAUCCCAUUCCAAUGUAUGCUCAGAAGCUGUUAGUCAUGCUCAUUGAAUUUAGUUAUGUUAAAGUCUCAGAUAUUCUGCAUUUGAAAACAGUAUCGCAGUGCUUUGAGUUCUUGCUUGGUGAUCUUUCUAAUGCAAAUGUGAACAAUGUGAAGCUCUGUCUGGCUCUAGCAUCUGCUCCUGAAAUGGAGACUAAAAUUCUAUCUCAUCUGCGAGUGGUCAGAAAAAUUGGAAAUCUUCUUGAGUUUGUGAAUGCAAAGGAAAUGGAGGAUUUUCUUGAACCCACCUUGGGUCUUUGCAAGGCAUUCAUUUUACGUGGCAUUGGUAGCAAUAAGGCCAUAGCUCUUUGUAAAGAACCAGCUCUCUUAGGCAACAAUGCCUUUGACAUGAGUAUUGCUGUUGAUCAGCAGCACUGCAUCAAGGAUGUCAGUGACUUUGCUAGCAACAUUGGUGUGUUUCUAGAUUUAAUUGCGAAUUCUGAUGCACAAAUUAUGGAUUUGGCAUCAGAGUGCGUGGUUUUGCUACUCAAGGCAUCCCCUAGAGAAGCCACAAUGGGCCUUUUAACAAACCUUCCCAAAAUCUGCAGUCUUCUGGAAUCAUUGCACUAUGAUUCCUCUGUCUUGCAGUUGCUGCGUCUUCUGUACGGUCUUGCCUUUUCUUGUAGACAAUACCUGUCUCAGGCAAUGAUUCUGUCAAUAUCUAUUCCAGCAGUCAUGCGAAUGGAAGCUAUUGUCUUGAAACUCAAGAGCUCCAGUAUUCAUGGUGUUGCAGAGGCUGCUUUAAAUUUAGGCUUAGAGUUGCAAAGACUGCCUCGGUGUGUUUGAGCUUAUACAUCUUGAAUUCAGGGAAGAUUUGACAAAAAAUGAUCUUGCUCUUAUCGAGCUUUUCUGGCUUCCUGGCCAUUGUUUCAGGUGAGUUCAACAAGCUCAUGGAUGUAUCAGAUGGCUAUUAUGUUCUUUGUUGAUUGGUUAAUCAAGCAACACUGUUUUCGGUCUUUAAUUAUAUUAUAAUUGUACAGUGUCAAUGUUAUCAAUGAGUUCCGUGCACUGGCCCUGAUAAUGUUUGGAAAUCAGAUUGGGUUCAAUGUACUGUUGAUCUGGAGAUGUUAGUUGAUAUUAUCUGUGUUUGCAUGUAAUUUUGUAUUAUCGAGCAACAUAUAUUUGCCACUAUCACUGCAUUGUUGCCCUAAUUUUUCUGAAUACAUAUGUAAUGGAAUUGAAAGAAACAAUGUGGCUGUUUCAUGA